GCUGGUUCAGUUUGGAAAAUUUCCAGUAUCGGGAAACCUACAUAUACUGGACUAGUUAACAUGCGUCAGUUACAUGAAACUUUGGUGUUAGCGCUGCUGCUUCUAGGAGCCUCCUGGAGUCAAGCGGAUCUGCUGGAUUGCGAGGAGAGACUACCUGCUGUCAUAUCGGAGAUAGGCGAUAAGAUGUCGGAAAUUACUGGCAGCAGCAGUAGUUCAGAACACGAGGUGCGCAAUUUCUUCAAGAGUGUUGGGUGCCAAAUAAAGAAUGGUGCCAAAAAUCUAAGCGAAAAGGCAAAGAAUAUAGGCACCGAAAUCAAGGAGGGCGCCAAGAAAUUGGGAGUACGUGCAAAGGAUUUGGGCAGCAACAUUAAGGACAGAUUCGAUGAUUUUCGGGACAAGCUUGCCAAAGACUCUGCUGAGGAAAUGAGCAAAGAUGGGGGAUUUCUUGCCAACGUUGAGAUCAUCAAUCCAGACAUACUAAAGGGUGAGCAGCAGUGUGGACACGGGCACAUUUUAGAUGCGUUGGGCAAUUGCAGCAGGCUAAGGAAAUAAUGUGAAUCUGCUCGAGCUGAGAUUUUUUUUUUGUGUAUUUCUCGUUUUGUUCAUCUAGAAAUUAUAAUUUUCAUCUACUUUAUAAAAUAAACUAAGUUGCUACGCAAAAAGUCACA